AAUAGUCUUCCGAAAGUGAACAUAAACUCGAUCCUCAAAACUCUGACGUUACGUCUUCUCUUCUCCUUCGUCUCGCUUCAGUCAGUGUAAAACCUUAUUGAAACCCAUUAGUAUGAACGGUGGCGGAGCCGACGCGCCACCGAUGCAGCCGGCGGUUAAUGGUGGAGAAUUUUUACUCUCUUUGCUGCAAAGGCCUAACCAUCAGCUCCAAACACCAGCGCCACCACCACACUCUCAGUUGCCAAUUCCCAUUCCAAUUACUCCGCAACAAUAUCAACAGCAGCAGCAACAACAACAACAACAAUCUCUCGCUCUUGAUCCCGCCGUUGCAGCUGUGGGCCCUAGCCUCCCCUUCUCGCAGCCUGUUUGGCAAUCCAACGGUCGAGAUGUUCUCACUCCUCCCUGGCCCCACAAUCUUUCUGCUGCUCCUUUGCUUCCUGGUUUCCUUGGGUUUCCCCAAAACCAUUGGCCUUCUCCUGCAAACCACUUAGCGGCUGGUCAAUUUCAAGGAAACCAGCAAGGAGUCUUGGGUGAUGAUCUUCAGAUAUUAGGGUUUUCAGGCGCCGAUGUAAGAGCUAAUAAUACAAUUCAUAAUCGUGUACAGCAGAAGCAGCAACUGGAGCAAAAGCUGCAGUUUGGUUCCUUUCGCAGUGAUAUCCAAAACGUCGAGGCUUUAUUGAAUGUGAAUUCAAAGCUAAAUGCAGCAAAGGAGCUGGAAGUAAGAUUAGCGACCAGAAACUUAAAUGGAUUGGAAAGUGACCAAAAAUUCGAUUCACAACUGAGAACUUUCGAUUUGCGAGAGCAGGAUCGAAGUGGAGGCGGUUGGCGAAAACAGCCCCAUGGAGGGAAUUACAGGCCGCAAGAAACUCGAAUGCCUCCUCCAGGGUUUUCAAAUAAGCCAAGAGGGGGAGGGAAUUGGGAUUAUGUGAGUAGAAGGAGAGAGUUAGAUUACAAUGUGAACAAGGAAAAAGGAAAUCAAGGUGAAUUGAGUAAUAGGAAUGCGCUCUUUAGUAGUGAGGAUAAGAUUCCAAGGGAUGGUGAUCGCUCAAGAGAUUUGGGGCUCACUGGACAGCUUGACCGCCCAGGCCCGCCUGCAGGGAGUAAUCUCUAUUCUGUUUCAGCAGCCGAUGUUGAACUGUCUAUGCUGAACGUGGAGGCUGAAGUGGUUGAAGACGGGAAGGAUGAAGGUCGCGAAUUGGAUGAAGCUGGUGAAGAACUUGUUGAUUCUUUAUUGCUUGAGGGUGAAUCUGAUGGAAAGAAUGACAAGAAGCAAAAUCGGCAUUCUCGUGAGAAGGAGUCUAGAUCAGAUAACAGGGGACAGCGAACACUUAGCCAAAGAAUGAGAAUGCUUAAAAGGCAAAUGGAAUGUCGCAGAGACAUAGACAGGCUAAAUGCUCCAUUUCUUGCAAUUUAUGAGUCACUAGUACCUCCAGAGGAAGAAAAAGCAAAGCAGAAGCAACUAUUAUCCUUAUUGGAGAAACUAGUGAACAAGGAAUGGCCUCAAGCUAGGUUAUACCUUUAUGGUUCUUGUGCGAACUCAUUUGGGGUUCUGAAGAGUGAUAUUGAUGUCUGCCUUGCCAUCCAGAAUGCAGAUAUUAACAAGUCCGAAGUGUUGUUAAAGCUGGCAGAUAUACUGCAAUCAGAUAACCUCCAGAAUGUGCAGGCAUUGACACGGGCUAGGGUCCCAAUAGUAAAGCUCAUGGAUCCAGUAACUGGAAUCUCUUGUGACAUAUGCAUAAACAAUGUUUUGGCUGUUGUAAAUACGAAGCUUCUGUGGGAUUAUGCACAAAUUGAUGUCAGGUUGCGGCAGUUGGCUUUUAUAGUUAAACAUUGGGCAAAAUCCAGAGGAGUUAAUGAAACUUAUCAUGGAACCCUAUCUAGCUAUGCGUAUGUUUUAAUGUGCAUUCAUUUCUUACAACAGCGUAGACCGGCUAUUCUUCCAUGCUUACAGGAAAUGGAGGCAACAUAUUCGGUCGCUGUAGAUGACAUUCAAUGUGCUUACUUUGAUCAAGUUGAAAAGCUUCGUGGUUUUGGAUCUCGUAACAAGGAAACAAUUGCUCAAUUGGUGUGGGCAUUUUUCAAUUAUUGGGCAUAUCGUCAUGAUUAUGCAAAUGCUGUUAUAUCAAUCCGCACAGGAAGCAUAAUCAGUAAACGGGAAAAGGACUGGACAAGGAGAAUUGGGAAUGAUAGGCAUUUGAUAUGCAUAGAGGACCCCUUUGAGAUAUCUCAUGACCUGGGAAGAGUAGUGGAUAAGUACAGCAUAAAAGUACUGAGGGAGGAGUUUGAACGCGCUGCAGAUAUCAUGCAAUAUGAUCCAAAUCCUUGUGUAACGCUUUUUGAACCUUAUGUUCCUUCCUAGUUAGACUAAUUUAUGCUUGCUUGACCAAUCAUAUUAUUAGAUGUAAUUAUUGUUAAACUCAGCUUGUAAAGUCCCUUGCGUGGACUCUUCUGCUCAAUUUUAUCUACGUGUUAUCAUAUUUAUUAUGUA